AUGAUUAAUGAGUUCCGACGUGGCAUUGGUGUCAAUCUCCUCAUCGCUACCCAAGCCGCACUUAGAUCCGAUCUUCCUCGUUGCAGUCUCGUUGUCUGCCUUCAGCCUCCAACAUGUCUUGCAGAUUACCUCGCUUCUAAGGCACGAUCUCGCCUUGUUGGUGCAGGAGCAACUUUGGUGCAUCUAGUCGAGGAAUCUGGUCAUCUUGAGCCAGAAUAUAAUAAUGAGAUUGUGAGGAAUAAUUCACCCGCAAUGUCUUUGAAUAAAAAUAAGGUUGAUGGAAUAUCGAAGGAAAAUAUUUCUGUUGUGCCUGUUCAACGAGGCGAUCACAUAUUAGAGAGGUAUUUAUUAAUUGCAUUAAUAUCCUUGUACUAUUACACCAUUCGAUUGAUAUUUCACAUAUCUUACACAUUUGGUACUGGCUGCUUAGCUUAUUUAAAUUUUAUUCUGGAUACCUGUGCCUUUCGAUUAAUAUCAUAG